UUAUCGCCUCAUAACAACAUUAAUAAUCAUAAAGUAUAUUGUUGAUGUGUGAGGAGAGGAGUGAAGAAGAGCCGCUGGUCGCUCGCGAGAGAAGCGGACACACUGCGGCGACGGACGGGCACAUGUUAUAUGUGUGGGGCGGUUAUGUGUCAGUGGCACACCACGAAGUUUUUCUUCCAAAUGACGAGCUUUGGUUGUAUGAUUUAGAAAGUGGUUUAUGGGAAAGGCGUGACAUGAUUGGAGAGAUUCCUCCGUCUAUGUCAGGCACAUGUGGUUGUGUUGUGAAUGGAGACUUCAUUAUAUUCGGCGGCUGCUGUGAUGAUGGACAAACGAAUGAGCAUUUCUCAGUCAAUCUUCACGACGGAAAGUUUAUCUGGAGGAAGUUGAUACAUCGAUCUGGAUCUUUACCUUCACCACGAGAUAAACUGUCCUGUUGGGUUCAUAAAGGACGAAUUAUCUACUUUGGUGGAUACGGUCACAAACUGCUGAAUGAAAUCACUGAUCCAAAGAGCUUCAUUGUGGAUGAAGCAUCAUGGGCUGAAGAUGUUUUCUGGGGAUGGAACAAUGAAAUUCAUGAAUUUGACCCAGAAAGCAGCAGCUGGACGGCACCACAGACGUUUGGACAUGUUCCGGCCCCACGUGCCGCGCACGCUAGUGCUACGAUUGCUAGUAAAGGUUACGUAUGUGGUGGGAGAAUAAUGGAGACGAGAACGAGUGAUCUGUAUUGUUUGGACUUUAAUACAUGGACAUGGUCAGAAAUUGUACCGUCCACCGAAGGGCCUUUGGGUCGGUCCUGGCACACAUUAACAACCGUGUCAGACACGGCACUCUUCCUGUUUGGUGGACUUAGUGUGGACUGCAGACCUAUGAGUGACGGUUGGAUAUUUAAUCUGGAGACGAAAGGCUGGACAAAGACGGAGCAUCCAAACCAGGACAAACCUCGACUGUGGCACAGCGCUUGUGAAGCGAGAGACUCUGAUGUCGUGGUGUUUGGAGGAAGUCAUGAUUAUAUUCUUCUGGUGGACUCAGGUCAUUGCAACGAUGCGAUAGUUUUCCAGACUCAGCCUUAUCCUUUAAUCCGAUUAUGUGAAGACUUCAUCGCUACUCAUGCCAGCCGGUUCCAAGCACAGAUUCUCCGUUUACCUCCGAAACUCAGAAACUCUGUGCAGAAAAGAACGACUUUCUUCAGGCCAAAUAGGAAAUCAUAGAAUGUGUUGAAAAUAUGCAAUUAUUUCUUUUAAUCUAACAAACUUGACUAUUGGACUCAAAUUGUUUUAAUAAACUCCAGCUACAUUAAUACUCA